AUGUUAGCCAAGAAACGCACGGUUGGUCGUUAUACCAACGCCACGUCGAACUCAGUCGAGAGUGAGCUUCCUCGGUUUGAACUGUAUUAUGAUGGUUUGCAGCCAAGAGGAACCCCAGAUGAAGCAACACUAGCUGAGAGUCUCUCUGUGUUGAGCGUUGACAUGCGUGUGACGGAGAACAAGGCCGAGCACAUCACAGACAAAUACAAGAACUCCAACCUCAUCGUGCGCAGGAAUAAAGAAUUCACUAUCAUCAUUAAAUUUGACCGCGACUUCAAUAAAGAGAAGGACAAUGUGGAGAUGGAAUUUCUGAUUGGCAGUAAACCUGAUGAAAACAAGGGCACCUACAUCGUCAUGUCCAUCGGUAAAGAGAACCGUGAUGUCAGCUGGAAGUGUCGCGUCGUAAACAUCGAGGGAAGAGACGUGACGGUGGGCAUCACACCGGACCCCAACUGCAUCGUGGGCCGCUUCCGUAUUUUCAUGGUUGUUGUGAGUGAUGUAGGGAAACAGCGCACCCCGAGAAACCCCGACAAUGAUGUUUAUGUGCUGUUCAAUCCUUGGGACUCUGCGGAUCAGGUGUACAUAAAAAAAGAAGAAGAGAGGCAGGAGUAUGUCCUGAAUGAUGUGGGGGUCAUCUUCAUCGGAGACUUUAACGAAGUGUCCUCCCGCUCAUGGAACUUUGGGCAGUUUGAACAAGGAAUUCUGGAUGCCUGCCUUCUGAUUCUGGAUUCUGCCAAAGUACCGCUAGUAUUUCGUGGAAAUGCGACUGAAGUAAUCCGGCAGGCCUCAGCUCUGAUGAACGCUCAAGAUGAUGAUGGUGUUCUGAUUGGAAACUGGAGUGGAGAAUACUCAGAAGGCACAUCUCCCACCGCCUGGACUGGAAGUACUGAAAUCCUGCUGAAAUAUGCCAGCGAGGGAGCUACACCCGUAGCUUUUGCCCAAUGCUGGGUAUUUGCCGGUGUACUGAACACUUUUUUGCGCUGUCUGGGGUUACCGGCGAGGGUCAUCACCAACUACAGCUCUGCUCACGACAACACGGGCAACCUGAAGACAGACAUCAUUCUGGAUGAAGAUGGUAAACUGGACAAAGAAAAAACAAGAGAUUCAGUCUGGAACUAUCACUGCUGGAAUGAGGUGUACAUGAAGAGAACUGACCUGCCGGAAAAAUUCUGGGGGUGGCAGGUGGUUGACGCCACCCCACAGGAGACCAGUGAUGGUCUUUAUCGAUGUGGCCCGACAUCUGUCGCUGCUGUGAAAGAAGGAGAACUCAGCUACCCGUUUGAUGCAAGAUUUGUUUUUGCUGAGCUGAACAGUGAUGUGAUCUACCAUAAGGCUGAUAAGACUGGAAAAACAAAAAUCAUCUAUGUGGACACUGCGUAUGUGGGAAAACUCACUGUGACCAAAAAGUGUGACAGUAAUGAAUAUGAGGACAUCACUACUACCUACAAAUAUCCAGAGGGAACUCUCAAGGAGAGGGAGGCCAUGCAGAUGGCAGAGCGCCGUGGUGUUGCCAUCGGGGAUUACUUUCCACUUACUGAAGCUGGUGUGGACAUGGAGCUCAAGGCUGAUGUCGUCAAAAUGGGUGAAGACUUCAAGCUGAAUAUAAACAUUAAGAACCAGACCACCGAGAAAUGCACCAUCAGUAUCAUCCUGACCGGGUGUGUUGUGUUUUACACUGGGGUUACCAGCUCGGUCUUCAAGACCGAAAACAAGGAUGCAACCGUGGAGCCUUCGCAGACUGAAACAGUACAAAUAAGCAUCCAAGCUGCGGAGUACAUGCGUGAGCUGGUGGAACAAUCCAAUCUGCUGUUUGUUGUGUAUGGACACAUUGAGGAAUUGAACCAGUCCCUUUCCACCAUGAGAGUUGUCACCCUUCUCCCUCCUGAAUUGACUAUACAGGUCAACGGGACUCCCCAGGUGGGGAAGGAACUCAUGGUCUCCGUGGAAUUCUUGAAUCCAUAUAAUUUCAUCCUGAAAAAUGUGCAGCUCCGCCUUGAUGGGCCUGGUCUGAUAAAGACCAAGUUGAAAAAAUACAAGCAGAUCUUCCCUGGCGGCUCAAUCAAAUAUAAAGAGUCCAUCAUCCCUCUAAUUUAUGGGAAAAAGACGUUGAUCGCGAGUCUGGACUGCGCUGCACUGAGACAGGUCACCAAUGAGAUCAAAUUCGAUGUACUGAAGGCUGCGGCCAACCCGGUGAUAGAAGAGAUCGAGAAGAAAGUAGAGGAAGUACCUAUAGAAAAAGAAAGAGAGGUGGAAAAUGUGAUUAACAACCCAUAAAAGAGUUCCUAGUCCCUCUUAUUUUACUUAAGCUUGCUUUACAAAUGUUUUGAAAGAUAAUCUCAUUCAAAUUUACAUUUCCUUGAAUCAUCCUGACUUUACCAGAGUAAAGAAGUGGAAAUAUCUGAAAUAUUUAGUGAAUUUUACAUGAUCUUGUUGAUCAGGGGCUCAUGUACUUUAUUAACUAACAAACUGUCAUUGUAAUCACAAUUGUUGAUUUUUCUCUGCUGUA